AUGGUGGACAUGGAGGAGGAGCGCACUCGCUCGCCCGAGGCAGGACCCUCCUCGCCGUCACGGCGGUCCUCGACGCAUAGCGAAGCGGCACCCGAUGCCAACCGACCGGACCCCAUCGAACCAGAACGUAGCCCCUCACGCAACCCACAUCGCUCUCCGACCCCGCACUCGCAUCCCAACACAAGCCCAUCCCACUCUCGCACAGCGUCUCGCAGCCCUUCUGCCGCAAGACGAGGCUCGAAGCGCAACAGCACCUUCUCGCCUGUCCCCGAGGAGCCUGUCCACUUCGACAACAGGGACCCUCCGUCCAAGCGCCCACGCCCACCUGCAGACCCAGACACUAAACGUCGCGGCCAGCGUCUGUUCGGCGUACUCAAUUCAACCCUGACGCAGUUCAAGCGCGAGUCUCAGACGGACCGUGCUGCCUCCGUCGCAGCAAAGCGAGCCCAGAUCGAGGCGCGACUAGCGACCAAGGCCAAGGAGGAGGACAAGGUCAUCGAUGCCGUCCAGCGUCGAAGAGCGCUCGUGUGGGAAGCGAGGGCGUUGGCGGAGCAGAUUGUCGAGGGAGAUGUACAGGCAAAGACGAUGAGAGGGCUCAAAAGAAGGAUGGCUAGCUUUUUGUAUACUCCUGCUGUGCAGCCGAGAAGGACAAGAGCAAGGCUGGCAGAGGAUAUCCCGUCUUCAACCGGCCCAAUGGCAAAGGUCGAUGAUAGGGAGGGCAAUUAUGCGCUUUACUUUUUGCCAGGCAAGACUCUGCCGGAGCAGGAAGACAGGCUGAACGAGCAGGAGGAUGAUGUCGAUGAACGCAUCGACCGCUUUGACGACGACUGGGUUGCGGAAAGGAGUCGUCUGAUGGAGCAGUUGGAGGAGAUCAAGGCCAAGAUCCGGGAGGUCUGA